AUGGGUGCAACAGAGCGCCUGGAGCUCCUCUUUGCCCAGGACUCAGCUAUACUUCAGAUAAACACUCACCUCCGCCCUGCACCUCCUGCACUCCCAAUUGCAGAGUCGACCACCGCUGAUCAUACAGUUCUCCCUCUUUCAGAAAGUUCUGGAAAUCGAUCUGACAAGCUCAGUGUUUCCGUAGAGGAAGCCAAGAGCAUAUCUCCAGUCCUCGAUGCUGUGCAUGGCCCUCACGAUACUGCACCUAGCCCUCACGAUGGAACUUUUUGCCCCAUGACAGCCAUCUCCAAGUUUCCAUACCAUCAUAUUAGAGGAGACCUCAUGCAGCGUGUGGUAAGCAAGUUCUUUGACAAGGGCCAGUUUUGGGAUAGGCCCUGGGACCUAUACUACAUUCAUACGCCCGCUCGUCUUGGUGGACGCCCGCUCGUUCUCGUUCCUGCGUCCCAGGUCCGGAAGUUCUUUCGAGACAUCAACAACGCGCUCGAAUGUACACUCUCACUUCCACCCGAUGAAGAGAAGGGGCUUGUUCUCAGAUUCAACCGUGACGGAUUCCCGCAGCCUACCCUCCUAGGACACUCGGACAGCCGAGCCACUAAAGAUCGUCUGGAAUCGGAUAUCCCGUCAAACGGCAGCCUCAAAGUUCGACCAGGUGAGAUGGACGAACAGUGGAUAGCAUUUGAAAAGAUGAUGGAGGCAGCUGUGUCUUCGGCCAAAUCCAAAUCCAAGUCCAAGGCUAAGAAGCAGCGCCUUCGCAUCCAACGCGACUUGAACACACAGGAUACCAUCAGACGAGCACAGUGUUACCUUGGUCUGCGUGCAGACUCCACUGACCUGAUCGACUGCAAAUGGGACGAGGACUCUCUCCCCGACCCAGAGUCCCCGCGCCUGGUAGUAGACAAACCGGCUCCUUAUCCAUUCUGGAGAGAGCCCAUCUUUAUUAGUAUUGACGUUGAGGUCAACGAGCGCUGUCACACUGAAGUCACAGAAAUCGGUAUUUCAACUCUUGACACUCGUGAACUCAUAGGCCUUGCGCCGGGGCAACGAGGCGAAGAGUGGCAGUCCCAUAUCCAGUCUCGUCAUCUCCGAGUAGAAGAAUACGCACGCCACGUCAACCGGCUGUAUGUCCGCGGGUGCCCAGAUAAUUUCGACUUCGGUACUAGCGAAUGGGUUUCAUCCGAUGAUAUAUCAACCACAGUCCAGAAGAGCUUCGCCCACCCUACCUUUUUUGACGGGCCGGACAAGAAGCCCCGUCCAUUGGUGCUCGUCGGUCACAGUCUCGAUGCCGAUAUCCAGUAUCUCCAGCUUGCAAAUGUAGAAAUGGUUGAAGAGUCCAGCGGAACUUCCAAGUUCGCCGACCGUAUCGACACUGCAUCAUCUUUUCAGCUUAUUCGCGGUGAACUGGAACCACGAUCUCUGGGCGCGGUCAUUUAUGAAUUGGGAAUGACUGGAUGGAAUUUGCACAAUGCUGGUAAUGAUGCUCGUUAUACGCUACAGGCACUGGUUGCCAUGUUAGUGGCGCACAGAAUUGAUUCGCAGUCUACCUCGACGUCUCAAGAAGCCUGUAAAGAGGAGUUUGUUGUGCUGGCGCCUCAUGCUACAGUAACGCUUGAGGAGCAUUCCUGA